AAGUGGUCAAACCUUGAAUGUGUUGAUAAAAUGUAGUAACUGUUUUUAACUGAGGAUGAAGGUAACUGCCCAGUCAAACACCAAUAGACAAAGACAAUAAAGAAAGUCAAUACUAGGGCUUGUUCAUUCAUUAGUGUUAUUUUGUAUAAAAAGAUGAACUAUGUUUCAGUUGAAAUGUCACUAUUACUGUUUUUAUCUUCCUCUAGCUUCCUUUUUAUUUAGAACCUUACCAUGUGAGCAAAGAGCUCAAAAGGAGACCUCUGCAAAAAGUCUCUCUCUUCUAGUCAUACCUUUCAACACAAAGUAACCAAACCUUAGAUACCAAAAUUCAGCAGGUAGUUUACAGGGGAAAAAAACAUGUAUAAGAAUCAGCUGCAAGAGCUUGCACAGAGAAGCUGUUUCAGCUUACCAUCAUAUACUUGCAUAAGAGAAGGACCAGAUCAUGCUCCAAGAUUCAAAGCUUCUGUCAACUUCAACGGUGAGAUAUUUAAGAGUCCCACUUACUGUUCCACUCUCAGACAAGCUGAGCAUGCAGCUGCUGAAGUUUCACUUAAUGUCCUUUCCUCUAGAGUCCCUUCUAAAUCCUUGACUGCAAAGAUUCUUGAUGAGACAGGAAUUUACAAGAACUUGCUACAAGAGACAGCACAUAGAGCUGGUCUUGAUCUGCCAAUGUACACAAGUGUGAGAUCAGGAUCUUAUCACUUCCCAGCUUUCUCUUGCACUGUGGAGCUUGCUGGGAUGAGUUUCACUGGAGAAUCAGCAAAGACAAAGAAACAAGCUGAGAAAAACGCAGCCAUUGCAGCUUGGUCCUCUUUGAAGAAAAUGGCAAGCUUGGAUUCUAUGGGAGGAAAGGAAAAUGGGGAAGAGAAGGAACAAGAAGUAGUAGCAAGAGUACUUUCAAGAUUUAAACCCAAAGAAGUGAGAAGAAGAGAGACCACAAACCAAUGGAGAAGAAGAACAAGUCAACAAGAUACAAACAAAGACUUGUCUGAGAGAUUGAGAUGGAUCAAUCUAUUAACCUAUGAACCUUCAAAAAGCCAGGCUUCAAGAACAAACCUUCAACAAUUCAAAGGGAUAUCAUUACAAGAAGCUAAGGAAGAGACAGAGAUGAUGAUCACCACAAAGUCGUUUCCUUUGCCAGUGGCUGCUCAUCAUAAAGCCAGACUCAACGAAUCAUCGAGCGGCGGAUGUAGUAACCAAAUCCCAUUUUCCGACAGAGGCAGGUUCAGUUUCGUCGGAGGUUGUAAUAGGCUAGCUCCAGCGGUUCAAAUCAGAUCGGUGAUUCCAGUUUUCGCAGCUCCGGCAUCAAAACCAAACCCUACUCCUAGCACAUCAUCAUCAUCAUCAUCAUCAUCAUCAUCUAUAAACUCUUGCUCUGUUCCAAAGACGCCGGGAUUGGGAGGUCAAGAGAAGAAUCUAACCCAAACGAAAAAUGUGGAUCAAACCCAUGAUUAGUUAGGUGAAUUUGGAUAAAGGGUUAAUCUCGAAUUAAAUCAUAUGUUAAGUUGUUGUUGUUUGAUUAGAUAAUAAUAUAUGAUUGUGUUCUUGUUUUUUUUGUUUGAAAAUUUUGGGCCGACAUGAGUUUUGAAUGCUGGCGUAAAGAACGGAGAACGGAAAGAGAGAGCAUUAAGUUAGGGAAGAAGAUGGGACGCUGCAGUUGAGAAAGAAGACCAUUAAAUGGGUUUUGUCUUGCACCAUUAAUACGCCGAUUGCUCUGCUUCCCACUCGUUCUUCAUUUAUUGUUUGCUCUCUGUAACGUUGGUUCGAGCCCAAAAAAUUAUUAAUUCUUUCAGACACACGAA